AUGUCCAUCACUGUCACCGGGCCUCGUUUAGGGCUUCAUCACUGUUCGUCUGAAGAAACGAAAGAUCUAAGGAAGUUGCACUCGGAUUUCGUGUACUGUGGAAUGCUCCUCACUGAGGAAGGAACAGUUCUCAGUGGUCUUGGCACAGAAGCCAGUCGUGACGGGAUUUUAGCUACUGUUUCUGGAUAUAGGAUACAAUAUGAUAAGCUCUGCUUGGUAACACCGUUCAAGUCAAAGUACAUGCCUAAAGUUGGCGAUUUUGUUAUUGGACGAAUUAUCAACGUUCAAAAUGCGUUCUGGAGAGUGGAAGUGAAUUGCAGACUUUCUGCAAUUUUACGUUUGAACAACAUAAAUCUGCCUAGUGGCGAAUUGAGACGAAAAUGUUUACAGGACGUGAUCUCCAUGAAUGAACACCUCGCCGUUGGAGAUUUGAUUACAGCGGAGGUUCAACGAGUCGCAACAAAGGGUCAGGUAGAGCUUCAUACGAGGAACCUCGGACACGGAAAACUCGGACAAGGGAUUUUGAUUGGGGUUUUUCCAUCUUUGAUCAAGCCACAGGCUAAACAUGUGCACGAGAUGUUCGGUAUUGAAGUUACCAUAGGUGACAAUGGGCUUGUAUGGAUUUCUCCAGAGAUAAGCGCAACCGGAGGUUACGGUGAAGACACCACAGCAGUAGUCUCAAAGGAGAAACGUGAAACGAUGGUGCGAGUGGCCGUUUGUGUUCGGCUACUGGCGAAAGGCUUUAUUUUCGUCUCUGACAAAACUAUCCUAGCUGCUCUUAAGUUAUCCAUGGCAUUUAGGAUCAAAGAUCUUGCUUGCUCGGAAAUAAUACAGCUUUUCAUCUCUGAGCUACGACAACUGUCACUCGUUGAGGAUGUAUCGUAG